AUGGCCGAUGCGCCGCCACCUGCCAAAAGGCAAAAAAGCUCUCUCCCUCCGCCACUCCGCGAUGCGAAGCGGCAGGACAUCGACAACUGGGAGACAAAUCGCAUGUUGACCUCGGGCGUUGCGCAGAGACGAGAAUACACCGGCGAUUUCUCCCUUGAUGAUGAAGAAGGAACACGAGUGCACCUUUUGGUGCACGAUUUGCGCCCGCCAUUUCUUGAUGGCCGCACGAUUUUUACGAAACAGCUGGAGCCUAUAUCUGCAGUGCGCGAUCCUCAAAGUGACAUGGCUGUCUUCAGUCGGAAAGGGAGCAAAGUCGUCCGAGAGCGGCGUCAGCAAAGAGAACGACAAAAGCAAGCCCAAGAAGCUACUACAAUGGCGGGGACGGCAUUAGGCAAUUUGAUUGGGAUCAAGGAAGACGAAGGCGACAGCGCUGUUGCGGCCCCAAUUGAGGAUGUUUAUAAGAGCAGCAAUAAAUUCGCUCAGCAUCUCAAAAAGGACGAUGGUGGAGCUAGUGCCUUUAGCAAAAGUAAAACAUUGCGUGAACAAAGAGAAUUUCUCCCCGCUUUCGCCGUGAGGGAGGAUCUCCUCCGAGUGAUUCGAGAUAAUCAGGCCAUAGUCGUUGUAGGUGAGACGGGUUCAGGAAAGACUACUCAGUUGACGCAGUUUCUGUUAGAAGAUGGCUAUGGCAAAAAUGGAAUGAUUGGAUGUACGCAACCUCGUCGCGUCGCAGCCAUGAGCGUAGCCAAGCGCGUGAGUGAAGAAAUGGGAGUUGACUUGGGAGAUCUGGUUGGAUAUGCCAUUCGUUUUGAGGAUUGCACUAGCGACAAGACUAUCAUCAAAUAUAUGACCGACGGUGUUCUACUGAGAGAAUCCCUAGUCCAGCCAGAUCUUGACAAGUAUUCUUGUAUUAUCAUGGAUGAAGCCCAUGAACGGGCGCUCAAUACAGAUGUCCUCAUGGGACUCAUUAAGAAAGUACUGGCCAGACGAAGAGAUCUAAAACUGAUUGUCACAUCAGCUACCAUGAACUCGGAGAGAUUCUCUCGCUUUUUUGGUGGAGCUCCUGAGUUUAUUAUCCCUGGCCGUACUUUUCCUGUGGACAUUCAAUUUUCUCGCUCGCCAUGUGAAGACUAUGUGGAUAGUGCCGUCAAGCAGGUUCUUGCCAUCCACGUAUCACAAGGACCGGGUGAUAUAUUAGUAUUCAUGACCGGACAGGAAGAUAUCGAAGCAACCUGCGAGCUUGUCGAAGAGAGGCUGAAAAUGUUGAACGAUCCUCCUAAAUUAAGCAUACUUCCCAUCUAUAGUCAAAUGCCUGCGGAGCAACAAGCGAAAAUCUUUGAGCGAGCUGCUCCUGGUGUGAGGAAAGUCAUUGUGGCUACGAAUAUUGCGGAAACAAGCUUGACUGUCGAUGGUAUCAUGUAUGUGGUUGAUUCAGGCUUCUCGAAGCUGAAAGUCUACAACCCUCGCAUGGGUAUGGAUACGCUGCAAAUAACGCCCAUCUCUCAGGCAAACUCAGGCCAGCGCGCUGGACGCGCUGGAAGGACAGGUCCAGGCAAGGCCUUCAGGCUAUAUACAGAGCAGGCGUUCAAAAACGAACUCUAUAUUCAGACAAUCCCAGAGAUCCAACGUACCAGCCUGUCCAACACUGUCCUGUUGUUGAAAUCAUUAGGAGUGAAAGAUCUUCUAGACUUCGAUUUCAUGGACCCCCCGCCGCAAGAAACAAUAUCCACUUCUUUAUUCGAACUAUGGUCACUCGGUGCGUUGGACAAUCUGGGUGAUUUGACACCUCUUGGUCGUCGCAUGACUCCAUUCCCUAUGGAUCCUUCAUUAGCAAAGCUUUUGAUCACGGCUUCUGAGGAGUACGAGUGCAGCGAGGAAAUGUUGACUAUUGUUUCUAUGCUCUCAGUACCCAACGUCUUUUUCCGUCCCAAGGAACGACAAGAAGAAUCUGAUGCCGCUAGAGAGAAAUUCUUCGUCCCGGAAUCAGACCAUCUUACUCUACUCCACGUAUACACGCAAUGGAAAUCCAACGGCUACUCUGAUGGGUGGUGUGUGAGGCACUUUUUGCACUCCAAGUCACUCCGCCGAGCGAGGGAAAUCCGCGAGCAGCUGUACGACAUCAUGACUGUGCAAAAGAUGAAUAUUGUCAGCUGCGGCACCGACUGGGAUGUUAUUCGCAAAUGCAUCUGCUCGGGCUACUAUCACCAGGCAGCUCGUGUGAAGGGUAUUGGCGAAUUCAUCAAUCUCCGCACGAGUGUGACGGUGCAGUUGCAUCCGACCAGUGCGCUCUACGGCCUUGGCUAUGUGCCAGACUAUGUGGUUUAUCAUGAACUCAUUCUCACGAGCAAAGAGUACAUGUCCACUGUUACAGCAGUAGAUCCACACUGGCUGGCCGAACUCGGAGGUGUGUUUUAUUCCGUCAAAGAAAAAGGCUACUCGCAUCGCGAGAAACGCAUCACAGAGCAUGAAUUCAAUCGUCGCAUGGAAAUCGAGACACAAAUGGCCGCUGAUCGCGAACGAGCAGCUGCAGAGAAAGAGCGAGAAAAGGAACUCAACGACCCAGCUCGCCGUAAGAGAGAGAUUGAAGUCGGUGUUGGUAUUGGAAAACCCGCUCGGUCAUCUGUUGUUAAGAGGCCAAUUAUUGUCGGUAAUAAGCGAGGGGCAGGCGGUUUGACUACCUCCUCGUCGUCGAAUGGCGUUGCCAAUCAUAAUAAGGGCAGUGGAGGAGGAAGCGUGGUAAAAAAGCCGGUGACGGUUCGAAGGCCUGGGGGAAGGGCAUUCUAA